AUGACCAUCAUUGAUAGAUUCACUAGAUGGCCUGAAGUAAUUACAACGCCUGAUAUGACAGCGGAAACAACGGCUCGUGCCUUGAUGAAUGGUUGGAUUUCCAGAUUUGGAUGCCCAGUCACAAUUACAACUGACCAAGGUACAAAUUUCCAAUCGAAUCUGUUCAGAGAACUCACUCGCAUGUUGGGUUGCAACAGAAUUCGCAGUGCUUCCUAUCAUCCUCAGGCGAAUGGGAUAAUUGAAAGACUUCAUAGGCAUCUUAAAAGUGCUCUUAAGGCACAUAACAAUAGGAAAUGGACCGAAAUACUUCCAAUAGUGCUAUUAGGUUUGCGCUCAGCUCUAAAGGAAGAUAUUAAUGCUCCCUGUGCCCAACUUGUUUAUGGCACUACCUUACGAUUACCCUCUGAUCUUGUGACAAGCGGUCCUAUAAAUCAAACCAUUAACACCACUUAUGUGAAUAAUUUAACCCUUAACUGGGGACACGAUGCUGAUCAACCAGAACCUUCUAAAUCUCAACCAAUCCUUGAGAAGUCUGCUGUUCCACCAAACCCUACUAAACCGUCCACUAUCACUAGAUACGGCAGUACAGUCAGAUUUCCCAAGCAUCUAGUUACUGACUAUAUUGUAUUUUAG